AUGGCAGACUCUUCAAAGUGGACGCAUCUCAUUCGCUUUAUAGCUGUUGAUGACGACAUCGUUCGCCUUGGGCAACUUGUUGAUGUCACGCGAGAUGUUGGGCUAGACUCGUUGGAGAACAACCCCAUCUUCGCCUACAUUAUCGAGGGCUCUAUCUUUAACGGGAAAAUUACAGACAAGAUCUUACAGGUUCAACAACAGCUUCUGUCCCCCGUUGACCCUCAGCAUUGCUCCUUCAUAAGAUGUAUCGGUCUUAACUAUAAGCGCCAUGCUGAGGAAGCUCGUGCACCGAUUCCAGACGUUCCGCCGGUUUUUGCGAAGCCCAGAACGGCAAUAGCAAAUCCGUACCCCGGUACUAUCAAUAUUCCAACAUGCGCCCAAGAUGGUACUAGUGACUACGAGGGAGAGCUCGCAGUUGUCAUCGGAAAAGCCGCCCGGGACAUUACGGCACAGGAGGCGCCAUCGUACAUUCUUGGCUAUACUGCCGCCAACGAUGUCUCAGCAAGAGCCCACCAGAUGAAGAGUUCCAUGCCCGGAUUUUCAAAGGGUAUGGACUCCAGCUGUCCACUUGGUCCUGUUUUGGUCUCGAAAUCUGCUAUCGAGAACCCCCAGAACUUGUCGAUAAAAUCCCUUUACAACGGUGACGUGGUCCAGGACGGAAACACCAGCGAUAUGAUCUUUGGUGUGUAUGAGUUGUUGGCCUAUCUUUCACAAGGGACUACUCUUGAACCUGGCUCUAUCUUGUUGACUGGGACGCCUGAGGGCAUCGGAUACUUCCGGAACCCACGGAUCUGUCUGGGCGAUGGAGACUUGAUUCAGAUCCAGUUACAGGGAGUCGGGACUCUGACAAACCGCAUUCAUUACGAACAGGACCACUAG